AUGACAGUUCAUGUAUUUGGCAACAGCCCUUCACCAGCUGUUGCCACAUAUGGUUUGCGUAGAUCUGUCCAAACGGCAUCUCUACACGUUCAGAAAUUUGUAUCUAAGAACUUCUACGUCGAUGAUGGACUAAUAAGUUGUUCAAGUGUGUGCGAAGUCGUUGAUUUAGUGAAGAAUACACAAAGUGAAUUGAUGAAAGGCGGCAGAUUAAGACUACACAAAAUUGCGUCGAACUCAACAGAAGUACUUAAACAAUUUGCUAAAGAUGAUCUUGCGAAAGACUUGAAAAACAUUGACAUUGACGAAGAAAGUUUACCGUUGCAAAGAAGUCUAGGCAUAUCAUGGGACAUUAAUUUAGAUGCCUUUGUAUUUAGUGUCGAUACAGAACCGAAGCCAUUCACGCGCCGUGGGGUGCUCUCUACCUUCAACAGCUUAUUCGACCCCAUUGGUUUUACCGCACCAUUAACUCUAGAAGGAAAGUUAUUGCUACGCGAGAUUAUGUCAUGCUCUUCAUCUACCGACUGGGAUGAUCCGCUAGAGGAAGAUUUUCAUAAACGCUGGAAAUUAUGGGUUGACUCGUUGAAGAACCUUUGUGAUUUGUGUAUUCCAAGAAUGCAUUGUAUUUAUUCAGUUGAGAAUGCAAGUAGGUUAGAAGUUCAUGUUUUUUGUGAUGCAUCGAAGGAAGCUGUUGCCGCCGUUGCGUACUUAAAGGUGUUCUCAGGAGAAACUAGUGAUAUAGGAUUCCUUAUUGGAAAAACGAAGGUUGCUCCGAAGCACGGACAUACUAUACCCCGUCUUGAACUGUGUGCUGCUGUGCUUGGAAUAGACAUAGCAGAGAUUAUUAAAGAUCAAUUAGACAUAGACAAUGAAGACUUUCAUUUCUAUACUGUCAGCCAAAUAGUACUUGGCUAUAUUUCGAACGAUGAAAAAAGUUUUUUUGUGUAUGUCGCAAACCGUGUAGGUCGAAUCAGAGCUUUUAGUAUGCCCAAACAAUGGAAUCAUAUCCCGACUGAAGAAAAUCCAGCUGAUCUUGCGACACUUCUCUGCUAG